CAGCGGUCACACUAGAGGAGGCAAGCAGCCUCACAGCACAUUCUGACCCUCACACACAGGCUUGGAGAGAGAGACCGAAUCAGCACCUCACACACAUUGACAGAAACUGCUUGCUCCAGAGCGAGGCCCUCUUUACUCAACCAGCAUCACUAUCUGUCCUCUCUCUCCGACAUGGAGCUCCACAGCCUCCGACACCACCACAGCCACCAGACCGACAACAAGCUCCAGAUGCUGAACCUCAACCAGCGCCUGGAGACCUACCUGGGCCGAGUGAGGCUGCUGGAGGAGGAGAACAAGCUACUAUGCCAGGAGCUCCAGGCCCUGAGGGUCAGUGGCCAGGGGGGGCGGAUGGGCCUGGAAGACAAGCUGAGCCUGGCCAGGCAGGAGGUGGAGGAAGCCUGGAGGGAGAAGGACCGGGUGGAGAUGGAGCUAGGGAGUAUGGAUGAGGAGCUCCAAGUCCUGGGGCUGCAGAGACGGUGGGAGGCGGACGCCCAUGUGGAGGUGAAGAAGAAGCUGGCAGACAGCAGGAAGGAGAUGGAGGAGGAGAAGAGGGCUCAGAUCUGGUUAAGAGAGAAGGUGAGCCAGCUGGAGAAAGAAAUCCAGUUCCAGAUACAAACCCACCAGGAAGAUGUUGCUGGCUUCCAGGCUACACUAAUCCAAGUCAGACCUGCCCUGCCAUCCCCUCCACCCCAAACAGGCACCCAGCUUCCCAGCCUCCAGGACCUGGGUGAGGAGUACUCCCAGAUGGCUGUCAGGGCAUGGCAUGAGGCGGCCAUGGUGUUUCAGGGCCAGGUAGACAGCCUGGACGAGUCUCUAAACCAGGCCAGAACCCGGUGGGCCCAGGUGGGCCAGGAGAAGAAUGAGAGCCAACUGAAACUUCAUGCCCUGGAGAAUGAGCUGUAUUCAGCCCAGGAUAGAAGGCAGUGUCUGGAGAGGAGUGUGGCCAAACAGAGAGACAUGCAGAGGCAAGAGAUACAAAACCUGCAGGCCCAUCUGGAGGUGUUGGAGAUGGAGAAGGGGGCACUGGGAAAUCAGAUUGACACUCUUCUGACAGAAAGUAGGGGUCUGGUGCAGCUGAAGAUGUCUCUAGGCAUGGAGGUGGCCACAUACAGAGCUUUACUGGACAAUGAAAGUCUGAUGAGGGAUUUCUCUUCAACAAAUCAGCUAAGGAGUACCUACACAUCUGAUGGAGUCCCCAGCUCUCGAGGGGUUAAGCAAAGCUUCCAGACACAGCUGGCUACCAGUCACAUGAUCAGUCCCUUCUCUACCAUCCAUAGAGCAAGCCCACGAUCCAAUGUAACCACGAUGUCCGCAUCACCAAUCUGGACUCAAAACCAGGUAACCCUGAACGAAACACCUGAGAGUUGUCGAAAGACAGAGGAAGAGCAUGUUGACUUUGACUUAGGGUCCAACCGGCAGGUUAUUUGGUCAACGCCUUACCCCAAAGUACCACAGGAUGGAAUUUCAGUCGACCACUUCAGACCCCAAGAUGUCCACGAAGAAGUCAACUAUGCUGAGCCUCUCUCACCUCCCACUGAAGAGGCAGGAGCUGAUGUUGUAUCUUGGCUUGGUUCUGACCAUAAGGAACAAUCCAUGUGGGAUUUAGAAAAGGAGGAAGAGGAUCAGAACAUAGUCAGAACCUGGGUUGCUAAAGACAAACCAGUUCUGGAACAUGCCAUGAGUCACCAGGUUGAGAUCAGCUUCAGUAUGCCAACUGUAUUCAGCAAUGAUGCUCAAGAGCUCUACAGCCCUUCAGUGAGCUAUGAGAGAGCAGGUUCAGUGACAGGGGCACAUUCUGCUUUCUCGGCGAAUGAUGAUAAUGAUGUACCUUUUGAAAUGUCUUCUGAAAAGGAGGAACCUCUACUAGAUCUGCCUUACGGUCCCAUGAAUGCAUUGGAGGAAAGAGAUCUCGAAACAGCAAGGAAAGACGCUGAAUGGGUGGGGAAAGAAGGCUUGGAGUCUGAAACUAAAUCAGUGCUAGAACCUGCAUUUGAGACCUUCACAAGCAGUCAAGCUUUUGAGUACAACAAGCCAAAAGAGUUCAACCAAGAGGACAAUAUGUCAUAUGCAUCUACUCAAGCCUCCCACGGUUCAGAAGAGGCAUUUCACCACGUUAAAAGUGUGGAGGAAGAUGUUAUUAAUCUCACAAAAGAGGAUGAUGAAAACUACAUGUCUAACAAAGAUGAGGAGCAAUUGGAAGAUGAAUUGCGCCCCUAUGGGUAUGGUAAGGAUGAUUGUGAAAGAUUGGCAGGGUUCAAUAACGAAAAUUGUGUGACAGAAAGAAUCGAUAAGUUCAACCGAGAGGCGAUUAUCUCAUAUGAAUCUGCUCAAGCUUCUCACUGGUCAGAAGAGGUAUUUCACCAUGUUGAAAGACUGAAGGAAGGUGAUAUACAUUUCACAAAAGGGGAUGAUGAAAAUGAUAUGUAUAAUAAACGUGAGGAACAAUAUGCAUUGCACCCCAAUGGGGAUGUAAAUGAUGAAUGGGAUAGAGUGGGAGGAUGCAAUGAAGAGAAUGGAAUUAGAGAAAGAAUGGAUGAAGGAAUGGAUCAAGAAGGAAAGGAUCAUAUGAAAGAGGAAGAGAUGUGGAAUAACAGAGAAACCCAACCAAAUCAGUCUGAUCAAGAGCAUAUACCUUCAAAUGUAGAGAAACUGAAUCAAUUUGAGCAAGAGCAUAUACCUUUAGGCACGGAGAAUAUAUCCGACAAUGACAAAGAGGAUCAUGAUGAGGCAAACUACUGUCAAAAUACUUCUGUUUCAUGGAGGGCUGAGCUAGAAGGUGACAGCUACGCUCAGGACAACACACUGGCCGACACACACCCCCUGAUCCGUUACAAGAGUGACGAGACGGAUGCCAACACUCAGGCUUCACACAUGGGCGAGAGUGACUCCAGUGAUGGUGAACAGGACAGGGAGGUUUGCCAGACAGGAUCAGGCACCUGGGGCGAAGGCAAGUCCAAACAGUUUGACACCAUGGGGGAUCUGUAUGAAGAGUCAGAAGGGGAUGUCAUAGAUCAGGAACGUAACAUGGGCUCCACUCACCAAGAGGACGUGGAUGCUAGCCAAACAAAGGAGCAUGCUACACAAGAGAACGAUGAGGAGAAUGCAGUAGAUCAGUUGAUUCAGGAGGCAGAAGAGGAACAAUCCUAUGAGGAACUUACAGAACCUGGAGAGUACUCCAUGAUGUGCUCUGAUGAGGACUAUAAUGAAGAAAGAAUUGAUAGAUUGGUGGAGCAAGAGUUAGAGAAUUUAUCUAUAUCCAGUUACAGUGAACACUUUAAUGGGCAGAUGAUUGAGAGCGAGUCAGUACUGAGUCUUCAAAUUGUGUCUCACACUGAACUUUCCCAGACACAAGACAUAUUAUACAGUGAGGAGGUAGAGCAGAUACACUCAGAGAGACUGAAUCAAUCUGAACAAGAGCAUACGACCUCAGGCGGCGAGGAACUGAAUCAAUCUGAGCAAGACCAUAUGACCUCAGGCGGCGAGGAACUGAAUCAAUCUGAGCAAGACCAUAUGACCUCAGGCGGCGAGAAACUGAAUCAAUCUGAGCAAGACCAUAUGACCUCAGGCGCCGAGAAACUGAAUCAAUCUGAGCAAGAGCAUACGACCUCAGGCGCCGAGAAACUGAAUAAAUCUGAGCAAGAGCAUAUACCCUCAGACAGAGAGAAACUGAAUCUCACCGAGCAAGAUAAUAUACCUUUAGGCGGAGAGGAACUAAAUCAAUCCGAGCCAGGGUAUAUAACUUCAGGCGGAGAGAAUUUGAAUAAAUCUGAGCAAGAGCAUAUACCUUCAAACGGAGAAAAAUUGAAUCAAUCCCAGCAAGAGCAUAUACCUUUAGGCGGAGAGAAAAUGUAUCAAUCCGUUCCAGAGUAUAUACCCCAAGGCAAAGAGAACAUGAAUCAAUCCGAGCAAGAGAAUAUAACUUCAGGCGGAGAGAAACUGAAUCUAUAUGUGCAAGAAAAUAUACCCUCAGACGGCGAGAAAAUUAAUCAAUACGAGCAAGAGAAUAUACCUUCAGACAGAGAGAAACUGAAUCAAUCUGAGCCAGAGUAUAUACCCUCAGGUGGAGAGGAACUGAAUCAAUCUGAGCCAGAGUAUAUACCCUCAGGUGGAGAGGAACUGAAUCAAUCUGAGCCAGAGUAUAUACCCUCAGGUGGAGAGGAACUGAAUCAAUCUGAGCCAGAGUAUAUACCCUCAGGUGGAGAGGAACUGAAUCAAUCUGAGCCAGAGUAUAUACCCUCAGGUGGAGAGGAACUGAAUCAAUCUGAGCCAGAGUAUAUACCCUCAGGUGGAGAGGAACUGAAUCAAUCUGAGCCAGAGUAUAUACCCUCAGGUGGAGAGGAACUGAAUCAAUCUGAGCCAGAGUAUAUACCCUCAGGUAGAGAGGAACUGAAUCAAUCUGAGCCAGAGUAUAUACCCUCAGGUGGAGAGGAACUGAAUCAAUCUGAGCCAGAGUAUAUACCCUCAGGUGGAGAAGAACUGAAUCAAUCUGAGCCAGAGUAUAUACCCUCAGGUAGAGAGGAACUGAAUCAAUCUGAGCCAGAGUAUAUACCCUCAGGUAGAGAGGAACUGAAUCAAUCUGAGCCAGAGUAUAUACCCUCAGGUAGAGAGGAACUGAAUCAAUCUGAGCCAGAGUAUAUACCUUCAGGUAGAGAGGAACUGAAUCAAUCUGAGCCAGAGUAUAUACCCUCAGGUGGAGAAGAACUGAAUCAUUCUGAGCCAGAGUAUAUACCCUCAGGUGGAGAAGAACUGAAUCAAUCUGAGCCAGAGUAUAUACCCUCAGGUAGAGAGGAACUGAAUCAAUCUGAGCCAGAGUAUAUACCCUCAGGUGGAGAGGAACUGAAUCAAUCUGAGCCAGAGUAUAUACCCUCAGGUAGAGAGGAACUGAAUCAAUCUGAGCCAGAGUAUAUACCCUCAGGUGGAGAGGAACUGAAUCAAUCUGAGCCAGAGUAUAUACCCUCAGGUAGAGAGGAACUGAAUCAAUCUGAGCCAGAGUAUAUACCCUCAGAGGUUAUGUAUUCAAUGACCUCUAGGAUUCGAAUGACACCUGAACACACAUCUCUUAGAGAAAGUUCAGCAGAAAUAUCCAAAGCAGAAUAUUUGGCUCAAGGUAAUGUCUUCAGUGAGGAACUGGGAACUGAACCUAUACCAGACAAAAUAGAAGGACAGGAUGACCAGAACCUUUCUAUGCUGACUCAUGAAGACUUUACUGAAAGCCAUUCUAUCCACAGCAGUUUAAACAGCAGGCCUGCGAGUCAAACCAACAUGAACAACUCGGAUAUAGAAGAGUCCAACAGCACAGAUGAUGAGUCUCCAAAUGCAAGCCAGUAUUUGCAACGUACCAACGAAGCAAAUCUAACUGCAGAUCAGGUAGACUUGUUAGAUGUGGAGGUCUCUCACUAUGAGGAUUGCAAUGCUCUUAUAGAACAUUCUGCAGAGGAGGUCACUAGCUAUCAGGCAAGUCAUGAAUGUCUUCAGACAGACAAAUGGGAAGUCUUAGAAAGUCAAAACAAACACCUGGAAUCUGGAGAUCCUUUUGCAGGUCACAAGAGAGACUCGGAGAGAUCAUCCAAAACUGACAGCAAAGGCCGGGACCUCCACAGCUUCCUCAGCUCUGGUGUACACAGCAACUUCUGGGGUUCCAAUCUGGAAACAGGAGCCUCCUAUCAACCGGACGAGCCAUAUGACCAUGUGACCAAGCUACCCAAUCAGAACCUAGCCUUGGCUGAUAACCUAUCCUGGGUGGAUUUGGAAUCCACAGGCGGCCAAUUGGAACAUAAAGAUGGACAGUGACACACCUUAAGCUUCCACCCUUGAAGAAGAGGACAAACAGAUGCCCUCACAGGUGAAGCAGCUGGUGUGUAGAGAUGUAGUAGAGGGUGUGAAUGUUACUUCUGAAGGUUCUGAAGAUGAGGGAGACUCCAGGUCAUCUGGGGAAGAAUAGGAACAAUUUCAGCAUGGUUUCUAUAAGGAGUAAAGUAGAAGUAAUAAGUGUUAUUGAGAGUGUAAUACUAUUUACACUUUACAGGCUUUGAAUAUGAGCAUUGAUUCACAUUGAUCCUUACAGUGAAAAGUAAAUGAAAGGAUAAUAUGUCACAGAAUGUCAUGACAAUUCAGUGUUCUCUGGAAUCCUUGGGAUGUUCCUACCCUAAACCCCAACCUUAACCCCUACCCUACCCUUACCUUAACCCUAAAUAUAACCAUAACCCUUACCUACAUCAUUUCAAAUGUCAACUUCAAUGGGGUAGGGACGUCCCAAGGAUGUGAGAUAGCAUGGACCGUCAAAUAUUUAUGCUGUUUUCAAAAGCCAAAGUUGUGCCUUGGUGCACACCCUGCUGACACUAACCACCAGUGUACUUACUCCAUUUCAAGACAUUGAGGGCCAUUUUUGUAAGUUUUACAAAUGUAUGUUUGAAUAGCCAUUUUUCUAUUCUUUGGAGAACAAAAGUAACUUAGUUAAAAACCAAAUAAAGGACAUUUGAAAGUCAAAGCAUUCUUGAUUUGAUUGCACUGAUUGAAGGAAAUCAAUUAGAGAAAAACCCAGGUAUUUCAAUGCACAAGACCUGGGAGCUUGUUUUUCUAGUGGCAACUUUUAUCUUAACAUCGUAAGCAAGUUUAUUUGAUAAGGACUCCAGUUGAUAUAUACAGUACCCUCAGAAAGUACUCAUUCCCCAUGACUUACUCCAAUGAAAAGUGUCAUUUAUGAUUAUAAUUUGAAUUACAACUCAAACACUACAAGCAGCAGUGCAGUGGUUUGAAAUCCUAGAAAAACAGCUUGCCUUCAUUUGAAUAAAUAUAACUAACAGACAAUGAAACAACAUGGUGCCAUAUUAGCUAUGCUUUGUUAACGAUUAUGGCAAAAAACACUUGUGUUGUUUAUUGGCUAGUGUUCUCUGUAGAAAUCCACACAAAAAAAUGUACAUGGAAAAAUAAAACUAAUUGACAAAUA